GUUCUAAGUGAGCCAUGUCUGGAGGGUUCUAGCCAAGACCAAAGGACUUCAUAUAUUUGGCUCCGAAAACUGCCUUAUUAGAUACAGGGACGACGCUCUUUGAUCAGCAAGGGAAACUCGAGAUUGAGGUUUGGAAAGCCUAGCCGACUGAUAUGAGGGGAUUCUUAGCAAUUUUUCUACUAACGUUUGGUCUCCUCGUAAGAGCUAGAGAACAUGACAGGUUUUCUCCAACAAGAUCCAGUCUCAAUGACGCAUUUACUGAUAGCAGUGACGAGUCGGCUGCACCAUCAUCGUUUUCUGAUUCCGCAUCACGACAUAACAACAACAACAACAGCAACAACAACAACAACGACUGGCUUACUGAUGAUGAUGACGAUGAUGAGGAUGACGUCAUGGACGAAAGUCAACUAAACGUGCAACCAGCAGCUAAAGCGGCAGCAGCGAAAACGGCAGUCAAGCCAAAGGUAGCUGUGGUUCCACUCAGUACUGCGCAAAUAGCGAGCAAACUGCUCUACGGGCUAAAUGGUUUGCGUCGCAGCUUUGGAGCAGGGCCUGUAAUUUGGUCGCCAACCCUCGAUAUUGGAGCUAAGGCCGCUAAUGACGCAAUGCAAAAGGCAGGUGUAGUCAAGAAAGAUCCCAACAUCAAACACGGAACCCUGCAGUGUAUAAAACUAACAAGUUCAGACAAAGUGGUUGCAGAAUGUUUAUCGUUUUGGGGGCGGCAAAUGCAGGAUUAUGAUUGGUCAAAACCAGCAAUCAAGGAAAACAACAGAUUUUUUGUCACAGCCGUUUACAAGGCAGCGACACAUGCUGGUGUUUCGGUCAAGAAAGGACCUUCGGGAAGAUUCUUUUGUACUCUGCUGCUAGAUCCUGCCCCUGAUGCAUCUAAGUUGAAGGACAAUGUGAAAUCAUACACUGAUCUUUUCACUAGUGUUCCUGGAGCUAAAUGUUCGACUGGAUUUACCGAAUUCGGAGGAUCCUGCUACAAACUUCACAAAGACAAACAAACCUGGAUGAAUGCAAACGCAGAAUGUAUCAAGGAAUCUGCAUUUCUGCCGCCAAUCGGGAGUACAACGGAAAACGAAUUUUUUAAACAGGGGCUCUUGAAAGGCGAGAAAGGUUUCAGCUGGCUCGGUUUCAAUGACCGCCUUUCAGAGAGCAUGUAUAUGUCAGUUGAGGGAUCACAAAUCCGCUUCAUGGACUGGGUUAACGGUCAGCCUACCGGCAAAAAUGAAAACUGUAUAGGGUUCAAUAAAGACGCUAAAUACGGAACGAUGGCAGACUAUCCAUGUACCACAGCUAGCACAUAUGUGUGCAAAAAGCCCUUGGAAGGUGACAUAACCUAUCUCCUCAAGAUUGUAAUAGAAUCCAUGCUGUGGUUGGACGAUUUGAGCAAUCCUGGCUCCCUCGCUUCACAGCAGCUUUCCAAAAAGCUCCAACAGGCGAUCAAAGAAAUUUACACGAAGGCGGGAGUCAAAAACCUUAAGGCUGUCACUAUCACCUCCGUUAGCAAUGGUUUACCACCACAGCCAGCACAAGCAUACCCAGCAUACAACUAUCUGGGCAAGCGUCAGGUGACUGCCAUCAGAGUCACCCCCGCACCUACCACGCCACCCAAACCCAAACCCUCAGCUGGAGCCGCGAGCAAACCUACUGUCAAACCCACACCUCCCAAAGUUCCAACAACAAAGCCAAAGAAGAAGGUUACUGUCAAACUUUCAUUGACGUUCGGACCAAGCGGCAUUCUACCUGACCCAACCGCACCUCUUCAGGAUUAUCUUCGUGCCAACGCCAACAAACUACCAGCGCCAUUGAACGAACAAGUUAAACUGCUUUCCAUUAGCAUUGCUCCUCCAGGUUCAGCGUCCUGCCCUCCUAUCUGCUCCACCUCAUGCGUGUCAAGCUGUGCACCGAGUUGUUGUUUCAGACCGGCGCCUGCCCCAGCUCCAUACGUACCCCCCCAGCCAUGUGUCCCCACUCCAUAUAAUCCAUGUCCGCCUAAACCAGCACCAACACAGCCAGCGCCGACACAACCGAAGGUCCCAGCCAAACGACCCGCGGCAAAAUGUACACCGACUCCAUCAACACCGUGUCCACCACCAGUGCCUUAUCCUUACCCACCGCCAGCAUUUCCUCAGUACCCGGCUCCACCGUGUGUUCCAACUGUAAUGAACAACUUUUGCAGGAACCUAGUCGCCAAGCCGCUUGCAGCAAACAGAGGAGGGUUCUUUGCUCCAAAGCCUGUCGUGAAUCCUGUCGGCAUUACUUACAGAUAUCCACUUCAACCGGCAUACAGGCGUAUCAUGCCUAGGUUGGUAUCUUCAAGGCCGGUGUCUCGCGCUGUGUUGCCUGUUCCACAGGCAGGGGGUUAUAGGCAGUGUGUUCCUACUCCUUUAAACCCAUGCUCUCCAAUAAUGAUGCCUCCUCCUCCACCUCCGCCUCAGCCUAUGAUGAUACCUCAGUUUCCUAUGCCUCAGAUGGCACCGCCCUGCAUUCCAAAUAUUUCCCCGAACUGUCCCCCAAAACCUCCACCGAAGAAGCCGGCAGCUAAAGCGGCGAAACCAGCCAAACCUUUACGCAUAAUGGGCUGUACUUAUCCACCAUGCAGCGUAAUGAUGCUACCUCCACCACCUCCACCACCACCUCCUCCGAUGCCAAUGCCGAUGCCAAUGCCCAUGCCAAUGCCCAUGCCUUGUACCCCGACUCCUUUCAACGCCUGCCCACCUCUUUCCCCUCCAAAAGCAGGCAAGACUAAGUCUAAAAGCACUGCUCCCAAACCGUGCGCUCCAGUACCUACACCCGGAUGUGUACCACAAAUGCCCAUGCCCAUGCCCAUGCCCAUGCCAAUGCCAAUGCCCAUGCCAAUGCCAAUGCCUGUGCCGCCAAUGCCUGUGCCGCCAAUGCCCAUGCCGAUGCCUUGUGGGCCUCCACCGGCAAAGCCAUGUGUCAAACCAACCAAGCCGCCACCGCCCAAGCCAAUGCUAAUCAAGCUCCCCGCCAUACAGAUCCAGGUUCCUCAGCAGCCAGCACCCCCCAUGGUCCCACCCAUGAUGCCACCUAUGCCUCCUUGCCCUCCAAUGUGUGUAGCACCUACCCCUGUUUGUCCGCCAGCGUGCCCCAAACCGUGUUGCAAGAGGGCAAGGCUGGGAAGGUCCGUACAGUCUUCCAAAAGGGAAUAAUUGACUUUUCGUAUCAACGCUUUCCAAUUAAUCGCCAACAUGCUGUAAUUAGCAGUGUAAGUUGACUACUGAGGAGCUAGUCUGUAUAUAUAGCUUGAAGUGCAGUAUUUUGCAAUUUUUUAGCCAGAUGUGGUUUGCAAUUUGUCACCUGGUAUUCGCGUGUUUUAAACGCGAUAUAUUAAACAAUAACAAUAAACUGCACGUUUAUAAACUAAUGUUAGACGCAUAAGCCAAGAUAAAACAUUUCUUUUUCUCCAAACCACAGCUUAUUAAUCGUAUUUCGGUUCUGCAUUCCAAGUCAGUGACGAGAUCCAUGAAUCCGACCUUUUCCGUGCAUUGGUUUAAUCUCUUUCUGUUCCGUCUGGCGGCAGGAGUUCGAUAGGAGUCUCUUAUCGUUUCUUUCUUAGAAAGAAAAAAGAUAAUGUAGGGUAUUGAAGUUAGAGUUAGGUUGACAAGUGCAUAUGUAUAUUUUAUUUUGGCUUGAAUUUUAUUGUAAAUUAAACUAUUUGGUUCUUAAGUGAUUAAAUUGAGAUUUUAUUUACGAGGGUUCUAGAUCCUAGCACAAGGUGAUCGUUUUCUGUGAUCACGCGUACAUAAAAUAUUCAAUAAAGCAGUGGAAUAAGCUA